GCCAUGGCCAGCUACAUCGGAGUCUUUCUUCUCUUCGUUUUAUUUGCGGGUGUCCUGUCUGCUCCUACCGAUUCAGGUGCAGAAGAGGAUUCCCGUAACAAGAGGGAAGCAGAGCCACAUCGUGGAAAGUUCGGAUUCCACAAGAAGUUCGGAGGAGGCUUCGGAGGAGGAUACGGGGGCGGUUAUGGAGGUGGAUUCGGAGGCCCCAAAUUCGGAGGCGGUCAUGGAUACAGGGGGGGAAAGUUCGGGGGCGGCAGCGCUUCCAGCAGCUUCUCUCAGUCCUACAGCCACAGCUUCUCCUCUCCCUUCGGCUCCUUCUCCAGCAGCGGCUCCUUCGCCAGUGCCCAGGCCGGCGCCCACAAGUAGUUCUCGACAGCCGAAGAGGA